AUGGGAGCUAUGGAACGCACGCCGGGUGCAUUCAUCACAACUUGGAGCAGCCGAUUGAACGUCUCGGUUAGGAGCUUCCGAGGCGCACCAGCGGCGAAUACACUCGAUGUUCGCCGCGGCAACAGCGAGCGAGAGCGCUUCAUUCUUGCGCAGCCGCCACUACGUCCAGCAAGACGUGUGCAACCUAUCCGGGACUGGCGUGACCAACGCCCAGCAACCGUUAAAGAACAGCGCUCGCGGGCGCUCAGCACUGUCGCAUCGCUUAGCGUCGGAGACGUCACACUUGAACACGUUGGCGCUGAAGGCACGACUUCCUAUCGCGUUUAUCUGCGAGUGGCACGCGGCGACCGUCUUGAGCGCAUCUCGCCGUGGCAUGACCUGCCGCUAUUCCCACGUGGCAACGCAGAAACGCUUCUUUUCGUAAAUGAAAUUCCGAAAGGCACCCGUGCUAAGAUGGAAAUCGCAAAAGAUGAACCACAGAACCCAAUUAAACAGGACACGAAAAAAGGCGCUCUGCGUUUCUACGAAUACGGACCUUCGCUGAUCAACUACGGUGCGCUACCGCAAACCUGGGAGGAUCCUGCUGUCGUGCACACCGAGAGCGGAUGCAGUGGCGACAAUGACCCGCUGGAUGUUAUCGAGAUUGGAUCACAGGCCAUGCCGACUGGGGCGGUGUACGAAGUGAAGCCUUUAGGGAUGCUCGGCUUGAUCGAUAGCGGCGAAUUAGACUGGAAGUUGAUCGCUAUCCGUACGGAAGAUCCGAAAGCCGCUCUCAUUCAAGGUCUCUCCGAUAUGGAAGAGCACUUUCCUAACCUUCUUCACCAAGUUCGUGAGUGGUUCCGCCUCUACAAAACCGCAGAGGGUAAGGGCGAGAAUACCUACGCGUACAAUGGGAAGGCCCUAGACGUGUCGUUUGCGCUGCAGAUCGUACGCGAGGCCCACGAGAACUGGCGCAAGCUGAAGAGUGGUGAACGCGCAAAUACUGAGCAGCUCGCCCUGUCAUAA